CGUAUCCAUGCACGCUUUGCACUCCACAAUGCCUACGUAUCAACCUGGCUGUAUGGAAGAGACAAACACCAUUCAAGGUUGACACUAGCGAAAUAGCUCUCCAGCUAUUUCGUUGUAAAGGAUAUAUUUUUUGCUACAUUGCAGUACUUUGGGACUCAAUAGUUGUUGGUAUCAUAUUCGCCAUAAUUGUAAGACCACUUCACCCUCCUGUCUUAGUUUGCAACGUUGCCUAGCAACACGAACAUGGCCGAAGAACACAGCAGCUCAGAGGCUCUGCCUCCUCAGAACUCACUGCAACUAUCCAUCCCGCCGUCCGAGGCUGUUGGGGCCGAGGAGGAAAUGGAGGACGAACUGGUUGUGUUGGACCCAGACCACCCUCUGAUGAAAAGGUUCCAGUCUGUUCUGAAGAGCCACCUGGAAAAACAGCUGGAGGAUCUCAACACAGAUCUGCGUGAGAAUCGGAUUGUGGAACAUGCCGAGUGUAAGGGGCGGGAGGAGCUGGGUGUGGAAGUGUACUCUGUGCAGCAUGAGCUAGCCAGGCUGCAGGCUAACCUGGAAGACCAGCAUGAUACCAACAUGCAGAUGGCGGCCCAGCGUCUGCAGGCUCAAGGGCAGCUAGAGGUCAUACGCAGCCAGUACCAAACUACCGUAAACCAGAGCAGGCAGCAGAGAACGUGCGAGUCCCAGCUGCAGACGGAGGUUGACAACCUAGCUCUGCGUCUCUUCUACAUGCAAGGAGUGAACAGGGACCUACAGUCUGACAUCACCGCUGUGAAGAACGCCUCCCGCAAGGCCCAUUCUGAGAAGUCCCAGGCAGCGGAGGAGAAGAAUGCGCAGGACCUGUACGUGGAGCGCUUGACCAAACAAGUGGAGAGAUUGACGGUGCAGAUCGGUCUCUACGGUGUCCAGACCGAUGAACAAUCUGCAGAGACGCAGGUGGCCAAGGAGGCUCUCACAGAGGCUCAGAUGGAGAUGGAUUCUGUGUUAGUGGAGCAGAAGCAGCUGCUGCAGCACUGGAACAGCAGUCUGCUGGGCAUGCGGCGUCGUGAUGAGGCAAAUGCCGCCAUGCAGGAGGCGCUGCGAAUGGUGCGAAACCAGGUGCGGCUACUGGACACUGAGAUGGAAGGCUUCAAGAAAUCGAUCACAGAUGAAGAGGAGCGCAACGAGCGGCUAACUGUGCUGCUGAAUCGCACCCAGCUGGACUGCGAUACCUCGCGCAAGCUGAUAGCGCAGAGCCAGGCCCAGCAGGAGGCGCUGCAGGCCCAGUACAGCACCUACACGCGCAUGCUGCAGGAGACCGAGCAGAUGCUGGCCCGCGUGACGGGGGACUGUGCUGUGCGGCAGGGCGAGCUCGACGUGCUGAGGAAACAGAUCGAGAAGGAGGCCUCCGUUCGCCUGGAGCUCGAGGACAAGAUAAUGACCAAGAUGCGGGAGCACCUCACGCACGACCAGGCGGCCAAGUAUUCCCACAGGCUGAUGGAGGAAAUGGCCGCCCACAGGACUGACAGGGAUCUGCAGCUGUCGCAGCUGGAGAACGAGGUUGCCCAGGUGACGCUGGGGAGCACGGAGGUGACGCUGCACCUGGAGUCGCUGGCGCGGGUCCUGGCCGAGCUGGGGAGGCAAAUGGACCAGAAGCACAAGCAGCUGUCCGACAAGGAGGCCGAGAUGAAGAAGCAGAUGACCGUCAUGGAGCGCAAGCAGGACGCCAUCAGCAUCUGCAACAAGAAGAUCGAUCAGAUCCGGGCUGAAACUGGGCACAAGGACAUGGGCGUCCUCGAGAUCCGUGUGAACAAGCUGAGCAAGGAGCUGGAGGAGGUGGGCGCGGAGAUGAAGGAGCAGCAGCAGCACUGGCUGCGGCAGCAGGAGGAGCUGGUGCGGCUCAACCAGGAGCGCCAGGCCCAGGGCGGGGCUCUGCUGGCCCUGCAGACGCAGCUCACCAUCCUGCAGCAGAGGAAGCUGCGCCGGGAGGGUGAAAUCCAGCAGGAGAGUCACGAGCUGACAGAGGUGGACAGGAACAUGAAGAACUUGAUGCUGGACUUGGUGAAGCUCAACACUUUGGUGAACAAGAACAGCCAGCAGCAUGAGGCUCUGGAGCAGAGCAAUUCCUUGAUGGAGAACGACUUCCUGCAAAGACUGAAGGAGUCUGAACGGGAAUCCAUCACCAUGCAGAUGAAGCACGAGAACAUCCUGGAGGAGAAAGAGAGACUGCUCAGCCUGCUAGUGGAGACAGAGAGGCAGAUCAUGCUGUGGGAGAAGAAGACUCAGUUGGCCAGGGAGUCCCGGAUGGCCGUGGACUCGGAGAUCGGCCAGGGAGACAUCCGGAGUAUGAAGGCUGAGAUUCACCGCAUGGAGGUGCGGUAUGGGCAGUUGAUGAAGCAGCAGGGGCGCCUGCUGAAUGAGAUGGAGGCCAUGGUGGCCCGGCGGGGGACCAUCGAGACGCAGGCCAAGGCCCAGGCCCGAGCCGACAGGAAGCAGCCCACGCACACAGACUUCCGCAGUGUACUGCAGAGCCUGCGCAGAAAGAUCCAGGACACGCACAAGCAAGUGAAGGAGUCGGACGGCGUGAUUGAAGACCUGCAGGACGCCCUACAGACCAUGAGCGCCAACCUGAGGGAGAAGCAGCAGCAGCUGAAUGAUCUGCAGAGUGCCAGCGCGGUCCGGACCUCAGACCUGCGCAGUCUGCAGGACUCCAAAGAGCGGAACCUGACGAGGCUGAUCGCCCUGCAGGCCCGGGCCAAGCAGCUGCAGGUGGCGCGGGAGGGGCGGUACAACUUCGUCUCCGCCAGCGAGUCGGCGCUGGAGCCCGCCAAGCAGCGGCUGGAGGAGAGGCUGCACACCGUCAGCACCGUCCUGCACCGCGUGUGCCAGGAGUCCCCCCAGCACGAGGGGGCGCUGCGCCACGUCUCCCUCAUCCUCACCAACCGCCUCGAGAACCAGCAAGAGACCACAUGACGGCCAUUUGAAGCGGACGCAGGGGAGAGGAGAUGUCCUCGAAGCGGCAGGGAUUUCCACAGAAAUAAAACUGAAUGAAUCAUGA